AUGUCCCAGCAAGUCUGCCGAGAUUGGGCAGCAACCGGCAACUGUCGCUUCGGCAACAACUGUCGAUACUACCAUCCUUCGCGCAACAACCAAGGCGGGAACCUCUCCAGCAGGCUGAGUAACGCAAAUGCCACACCGCUGGGCCGCUCCACGAGCAGCAAGUAUCAGUUCAACGACGACACUGUGCGCCUUGAACUUGGCCCCGAGCGGCCCCAGUGGAUCCUCUCGUCGUUUGGCGUGGCGAAAUACGAGCCCAACGUGCUCCCCGGGCCGGACCUGUCGCCAGAGGAACUGCGGUGGCAGAGCGUGCAGGCGCUGCGGGCGGGCGGACCGGCCGUCGACGCAUACGUCCAGCAGGAGACGCAGCUGGUGAACACGGCCAAGCAGAACCUCGACAGCGCGCUGCAGAACCUCGGGCAGACGGUGCGUACCGCCGAGCGACUGCAUGACGCGCGCUUUGCCGGCGGCAGGGCGCUAGGCGGCGACAGGCCGCAGGGCUGGUCCGAGGCCAGCGUGCUCGGCUCCAACACGGGCGGAGGCGCAGGCGGCUCGGCGUUUGGGGGGACCAGCGGUGGCGCAGCAGGCGGUGCGUUUGGCCAGAGUGCCUUUGGUGCCAAGCCUGCCGGCAGCGCGUUUGGCCAGUCGGCCUUUGGCUCGUCGUCGGGCGGCGGCGCGUUCGGGUCGACCACAACCACGUCUGCGACACCAGCUACCGGCGGCGCGUUUGGCCAGAGCGCGUUCGGCGCCAAACCUGCCGCGACCGGCGGCGCAUUCGGCCAGAGUGCGUUUGGCACCAAGCCCGCGGGCGCGAGCGCGUUCGGCGGCGCGAGCAACACACCAGCGGCCGGGAGCGCGUUUGGCCAGAGCGCAUUCGGCGCCAAGCCGGCCGCGACGGGCUCGGCGUUUGGCCAGAGCGCAUUUGGCAGCGGCGGCGCGACGGCGACGACGGGCGGCUCAGCGUUCGGCCAGAAUGCCUUUGGCGCCAAACCCGCUGGCGGGGCGUUUGGAUCGACCACGACGGCGCCGGCUGCGGCUGCGCCUACGUCUGCGUUUGGCCAGCCUGCGACGGGGUCCGCGUUUGGUCAAAGCGCCUUUGGCCAGUCGGCCACCCCAGCGACGAGCGCGUUCGGCCAGCCCGCCGCCCCUACUUCAGCCUUCGGCCAGUCUUCCACCCCCGCUGCACCAGCCACAUCAGCCUUCGGCGCGCCUUCAACCACGGCUCCCGCCGCCGGCUCGGCGUUUGGCCAAAGUGCAUUCGGCCAGCCUGCGGCCUCGGGGUCUGCGUUUGGCCAGAGCGCGUUCGGCAAGCCCGCAGCGAGCGGGGGUGCAUUCGGCCAGAGCGCUUUCGGCCAGCCAGCCGCUGCGACGACGACGGCCGCCACGGCCACGGCACCAGCGACAAGUGCUUUUGGCCAGCCAGCCGCCACCAGCGCGUUUGGCCAGGCGUCCACACCAGCAACAAGCGCGUUUGGCCAGACGACUACUGCUCCCACAACAUCCGCGUUCGGCCAGCCAGCUACCGGCUCCGCGUUCGGCCAGCCUGCAACCACCAGCGCAUUUGGUCAAGCUGCCGCGCCAGCAGCGAGCGCAUUUGGCCAGCCAUCAACAGCGAGCGCAUUCGGCACCCCUGCCACGUCCACCACCGCGGCACCCAUCACCAACCCCUUUGGCAAGCCACCAGCGGCCGCCAGCGCGUUCGGCCAGCCUGCAGCCCCCGCGACAGGCGCGUUCGGCGCCGGCGGAGGGUUUGGCCAAAAGUCUGCAUUCGGAUCAACAACUGCUGCCGGCGCGUUUGGCCAGCUGCCAUCUGCAGCGGCCGCACCGUCGUUUGGCGCCGACGUGCAGGUGCCCGCUGGGUGGAGCUACGACGACGCAUGGAGCUGGAACAUGGAGGACAUUGGCGACGAGGCCACGGCGGCGUUCACGGCGGGCGCGUUCGAGUUUGGGCAUGUGCCGCUGGCCAUGCCGCCUGUGGCGCUGCGCGUGUGA